UCAGUCCUGUUCGCAGCGCAGCCUGGAAGCGACAACGAGAUGAUCGUCCACCGGAUAAAGUGCAACUUACACUGAAAGAGAAUGAACAUUUUCCAGCUGACUGUUUUAUUGGGAGUAUCAGCCUGCAGGUGUGAUGGCGUCCACGUCUCUAUGCAGGAGAAGCGACAGUACGCCAUGCUCUUCCAGGCUGUGGUCCUCCCCUGUCAGUACCAGACAUCCUCCAGGCAGACACCCGUGGUGCAGUGGUGGUACAAGUCCUUCUGCCGCGACCGCACUCAGGACUCCUUCUCUCUGCCCGAGACGCUGGGGAAGACCACCUCUGACCUAGGGACCAAGGCCCACCUGGAGUGCUCGGACAGCAGCCGCACCAGCCGCAUAGUGGCCUCUGCACAAGGCGCCUCCAUGACACUCGCAGAGCACUACAAAGGAAGGGACAUCUCCAUAAUUAACAAGGCAGACCUGCGCAUUGGGGAGUUGCAGUGGGGAGACAGUGGAGUAUAUUUCUGUAAAGUAAUCAUCGCUGAUGAUGUGGAAGGGAAAAACGAGGCCCAAAUGGAGCUACUUGUGCUGGGCAGGACAGGUGAGCAGAACGAUCUCCUACCUGACUUUGAUCUGGAGAUUAUGCCAGAAUGGGCAUUUGUGGGCUCUGUGGUCCUGGGAAGUGUCUUGUUCUUGUUGCUCUUGGGGAUCUGCUGGUGCCAGUGCUGCCCUCACUCCUGCUGCUGCUACCUGAGCUGCUGCUGCUGCCCCGACACAUGCUGUUGUCCACGUCACUUAUAUGAAGCUGGAAAGAUGGCAAAGUCUGCAAAGUCUGCUCAAAUACCUGUGUAUCCCUAUUACGUCCCUGGAGUUCCUUCUGUGACCCCGUCCGUGGUGCCACUUGCCCCAUCUUCUCACCUGGAGCCCAAAGUGGUUUCUCUUCCUUCAGUGGAGAAUAAUUUGGCUGGAGCCAGAAGCCUCUCUGAGCUGAGCUCUCUUCAUGAAGGUGGAAACCAUGACUUCAGAAAUACUUACCAGAAGGUCCAGAUGAAGGCGCUCCCUCCCAUCGCAGACCUGGAUGACCAGUCGGUGUCCAGAAUGGCUCCAGCUGCGCAGAGUUACAGGCACAAGUGGGACAAAGCCAGCCGCUCAGAUGAUGAACUAGAUAAGAGGUGGAAUCCUCGCUCUGAGCACAUGGAGAGAAAAACUUUAGGCAGAAGGGGGCGCACGGGCUCCCUGGAUGAGUUGGAAGAGUUUGCUCACUCGUAUAGUACCCGCUGUCAUCGAGAUCGAACUUACGAGCGUGACUAUAGCCCACCUCGACGUACCUACAGAGACGAAGAGGAGGACUGGAGACGGCACAGCCCCCCGCCUGUACCACGGAAACGUUCAGACACAUGGGACAGUGAUCGUCCAAGUCGCCCAUAUCAAAACAGAGGCUAUGAUGAUACCUACCUCACCAGCGUGCUGGAGAGCAAGGCGAGGGGUCGAGGAGGGGAAAGAGGAGCAGCGAGGGCGGAGGACGACAGUGACACUCCCUCCAAAGGCAGCUCGAGAGGGAAAGGUAGUGACAGCUACUACAGUAGGUCUCCAAGCAACCGUCCAGAGGAGGACGACCCUUUACCUCCGUACUCAGAAUGGGAGGCGGAGCGUUACCGCAGGACUGGUCCCACCACAGACCGCUAUCGGACUAUACAGCCUCCAGGGACAGAGAGCUAUAGAACCUCUGAGACAUCCUCAAGGCCUUUCAGUUACACCCGGCCACCUCCUGCGAUGUCCCAUACGCUACAGGGCAGCCGGGAGGACAGGGACAGAAACCGAAACCUGAGCGCUGCACUCAGCAGGGACUCUCUCUUAGUGUGACCAGCCUCCGCCUCCAGACAGCACCGCAGUCCAUCCACUUAAACCGUCCUGUUACUGCUCUACCAAUGAGCCACUUGAAUUGACUGAAAACAUUUAGCAUAAAAACACUUACACUGGACAAACCUUGAGUUGCAUGUGCUUUGUGUAUCAUAUUUGUGGUGAGGUGGUUCUGAAGGCCACUACUGUUUGAGUGCCAAUUCCAACAAAGCCUUUUUUAUUGUCUUUGUACUUUUUUGGAGUAUCUCAGGAUUUACACAUAUAAUUUUUUAUGUUGGUAAAAAAUAAAAAAAGUAUUUUC